AUGGAGGAGACGGAAAAGAAGUAUCCUCAAUAUGACGACAUGAACUACGACGACCUAACUUCGAACUUUGAUGAACUAACAAAUAGGUUAAAUAGAGAGGAAGAGUAUAAUUCAGAUCCAUUGGUAGUUACUGACCUCAACAGGGAAAUCAGCUACGUAAGGCGACUCAUGAAUGAACGUGACAUCGCAGAAACAACCUUCACCGAGGAUAAUGACGGUACAGUAAACAUUUCAGGACCAACAGGAAGCACAAACGUUCCAGGAGUAGACUUUGUGGAAGACCCAAACAAUUUACUUCCAGACGUGCUAGAUGCAUUCAACGAAUCAUUUGACGCUGACUGGGAUGAUAUAGAGACCCGGCUGAGUAAACUGAAAAAGUUCUCAACUAUCGAGAAGAAAAGAGACUUUGAAAACCAAGUGGAACGUGUUCAAGCUGUUGUAAGAGUUAUUAAGGGUAAGGAGAAACUAGUACUCGACCCUAGGAAUAAGUAUGUUAGGGAACUUAUAAAGCGCUCAUCAGUAAGGACACUUAAAGAUGGCACAGAGGUGCUAAUGUUCAGAAGUGAACAGGGUAUUGACAAGAGUGGCACCCAGAUAAUGAAACGUGGUAUGACCAGCAUACCUGUGUACUCUAAGAAUUCCAUUGCAUUGAGAGAAUACAAGGAACUGGUGAGGAAAAUUAAGAAUGAACCCGAAAAAGAAGCAGGUGUGGAUACAACCGAUGUAGUUGAAGAUAUGUUUGAAGAUAUUGAGCUUAUAGACAUAAGUCAACAACUAGAUGAUAUUCCAGCUUUAACUCCCGAGGAAAAUAGGGAGCUGCGCGGUGUUCUUAAUCCGGGAGAGGGAUCAGAUCCUAAUAGUAGAAUAGGACCUGAAGGUGCACUUCAAGUACAGGUGGAACACUUUCAGGAUACAAUUGAUAAAACGAUGAAGUUGAGAGAGGAAACUGAUGAUCCAGAGGAGUUUAUUAAACUGGAAGAAAGAAUAAUCGCUCUCAGGGAAGCAAGAGAUAGAACAGCUAUGCAGAGAGAACUGGAGGAAGGUAGACAGGCCCAGGUUGAAGACAUUUCUAGAUUACGUAAAUUUAUAGACUGGGUUGGAAAGGAAAAGGUGGGACUUGUAGGGAUAGCAGUGUCAACAGCUAGUUUAAUUACAGCCCUAUUAAUCCAUGCUAGGGGAGCCAUUGUUAAGACAGCAAAGACCACUAGUAAAGUAGCAAAAGCACUAGCAAAUUUAGCAAAGAAAGCAGGACCAAUUCUAGUUCCAAUCCUGAACGCAGUUGCAACAGCGCUAUCAUGGGGAGCCAAAGGAAUUGCCUGGUUAGCGUCUAAUUUAUGGGUACUAGCUGUAACGGCUGCAUUAAUUGCGUAUAACUAUCUCGAAAGCUAA